CCAAACCGUUUGAUAUCAUUUUAAUAAAUCACAAUGAUCUCGUUUGUGGUUCUUCUCUUAAUAUGUGUCAAGUUCGGUGUCUCUCUUUCUCCGGCUGAGGUACCAGCUGCAAAUCCCGUUAACGUAAAAUUUUCCGUAGAUUUUACGGCAGAGAGUGGGGCCAACUCCUGGAAAAAUGAUCUGUCAAAAUUUAUUUAUCCGGAAAAUGAGGCAUUUGUUCUAGAUACCACAAAAGACAGCGAAAAGGUUCAUAUGAUGCCUUCAUUUGUAGUCGAUAAAUUAAAUAGUCUACAGGAAUAUGAAAGCACCUUAAAAAAUGUGUCCGAUAAAUUAAAUAGUUUACAGGAAUAUGAAAAGACUUUAAAAAAUGUGUCCGAUAAGUUGAAUAAUUUACAGGAAUAUGAAAACACUUUAAAAAAUGUGUUCGAUAAAUUAAAUACUUUACAGGAUUAUGAAAACACUUUAAAACAUUUUUUGGAUCAAUGCAAAUAUCUGGUUGGUAAAAGUCAAAUACCAUUAUGUCGGUUAAAUCCAGUACAAACAGUUUCCGAAGCUGAGCACGCUUACCCAACUAGUUGUAAAGAAAUUUUGAAAAGCGGUAAAAAUAAGUCAGAUGUGUACGUAAUCAAACCUAAAACAAGUAACAAGCCUUUUGCUGUUUUGUGCGAUAUGGAAACUAAAGGGGGUGGCUGGACUCAUAUUCAGAAAAGGUUUGAUGGAUCGCAAGAUUUCUACCUACCUUGGAGAGACUAUAAAUUCGGUUUUGGUGAUCUUAGGGGUGAAUUUUGGAUUGGAUUGGAAAAUAUUCACCACAUGACAGCUUUUGAAGCAAGCCAACUUCUUAUAGAAAUAACUGCUACAAACAAAACGAACAGUUACGCCCAAUAUAAAUCGUUCUCAAUAGGCAACGAAAGAGAUGGCUACAUAUUAAAUAAACUCGGAGGUUAUUCAGGUGAUGCGGGGGAUUACAUGAGAAGCCAUCUCAAUUCAAAAUUUUCAACUAUGGAUGUGGAUCUGGAUAAAAAUAAUAGUAAAAAUUGUGCACAAGAGUCAGAGGGAGCUUGGUGGUACGUAGACGGUGUCUAUUGUCAUUAUAGCAAUCUAAAUGGAAAAUUUAUGACUCUAUUACUUCCCAAGGCAUAUAACGACCAUGGACUAAACUAUGGUGUAUAUGCAUCUGAUCAUUUGGCAGGGUCAAGAAUGAUGAUACGACCAUUUGGAGAAUAAAAUUAUUUUUCCGGAAAAAACAAUAAAGAACAUUUUUGGUAAUAUUGUAUAUGAUAUUUACGAUUUCACAAAAUUAUAUACAGUAUGUCCCUGUAAGUUGUAUCCAUAUGGAAAACCUUUUUAUUAUUAAUUUUACGAAAAAAAGUUAUUCUUUAUAAAAAGCUCUGCAUGGUCCAAAACCUAAGAUUUAACCAUCAAGUAUCAAAUUUUUUUAAUAUUAUACCAGGUUUGUCAAAAAGUUUGAAUUUCACUCAAGAGUAAAGUAGCUUUAUUUUUCACAAUAUUGAAAAUUGCUGUUAUGAAAAGUUGUUUGGAAUUAAAAACUGUAUUCUAGUAUGCAAUUACAUCCUUCUAAUUGAAAAUUUUUUUGAAGUUAUACUUCUUUACGUGCGAUAUGAGGGUGAAUUUUAAUAGCAUUAAAACCUUUGAUCCCGCCGCAGUCGCAUUACAACUUGAUUGGAUGUUCUGAUUGGAUGUUCAAAUGACAUGACAAAAAUCAUCCAAUAUGGCAGCUGUGGCACAGCUGUGGGACUGUGGUUUGGUUAUGUAUGGUUGUUGCGUUUUAAAAUUUGUAGGAAGACAAACAACAAAAAAAAGUUAGUUAAUGGUUAUACUGCCUUUUGAAAUAGUUUUCAUAUUAUAUUUUUGGACUUAUUAAUAUAGAAGAGAUGAUUGUUGCAUGCCAAUGUGAAAGCCCAUCAAACUGUGACUAGUAUGAGUGCCGCAAAAUUACUGAUAAAAAACCUAUUAGCUCGAAGGCGUAGAGAACUGUGGAUAACAACAAUCAACCGGGACGAUCUACGAUCUCGCUUAUUCAAAGCUAAAUAAUCUUACACUGGUAAGUGUUUUAAAAAUAGUUGAUCAAAUUUUGUUAUGAUAUUUGAACACAGCUACUUUGCACGAUGCAAGUGAUUGCGAAAUUUAUUAGUCGUUAUACGGGCCCUGAUUGGGUGUUGAAAUGAUCUGUAAAGAAUAAAUAAUUGUUCAAUAUGAAGGUAAACAAAUGUAUAAUACCUAUAUUAGUUUUAUUGUUGUGAGGACAGAAACAAAAAAGUUUAUAAUUGUAGUGAUUUUUAAAUAGUUUUUAAAACAACAGGUACGUAAUAAUUGUAAAUGUAUCAUAGGUACCUACCUAUUUGAACCUACCAAAAUACAUAGUAUGUAAUACUUUUAUUUACAUAAUUUGAUUACCAUCAAAAUUUCUAUCAAUAUUCACCUAAUAUAUUGUUUUCUUACUCUAUGUUUUGUUGUAUUUUUUCAAUUCUAAAUCAUUUCAAUUCAAAAUCAAAAUAAUUUGAUUUAUAUAUUUCAAAAAUGUCAAAAGUUUAAUCCGUUUAGUUAGUCGAUCUUCGCACAUAAUGACACACUGUCUCCGUGGCGAAGCGUUUAAUGCGAGUGAACCCCAAUACAACGCCAAUACCAGCCGCGCUGGUAAGUUGGUUCGAAUCCCAAUAGAAACUUUUAUUUUUUUAUUUUUUUUAUAUAUUUUAUGAUUGUAAGUAUAUUUAUUAUAUCAUUUUAUUUUCAGAAAAUACGUAGGUAUUUAGUUAAAAGAAUUUCCGACAAUUAAUGUUCAAAAUUCAUUUGUGGCAUUUUUAAUGUGUUUGUGUGUGUUUUAUUCUUUUUUAUUUAAAUUUUUGCACUGUUUUAAUAAAAAUGUUUGAGAAGUAGUAAGUAUGAAUUAGUUUAAUAUUUAAAUAAAAUAUAAAUAAAAAGUACAUUAAUUUCGUUUAUAAUCAUAUAAUCAUAUAAUAGAAGUAUAACUUCUUACGUGCGUACAAAGUACACACACAUUAUUUUUUUUUGAAAAAUUAUGGAUAACUAAAGUUAUUUUCAGUUAUUUUAAUUCAGACAACUUUUUUAUUAUUAAUUUUACGAAAAAAGUGAUUCUUAAUAAAAAGUUCUGCAUGGUUUAAAAUCUAAAAUACAACCAUCUUAUUAUGUCAAAUUUUAUUAAAUUUAUACGAGGUAUGUCAAAAUAUAUGAAUUUCGGUCAAGAGUAAAAUUCGUUUAUUUUUCACAAUAUCGAAAAUUGUUAUUAUGAAAAGUUAUUUAGAAUUAAAAACUAUGUUCCAGUAUGUAAUUACAUCCUUCUAAUUGAAAUAUUCUGAAAUAUAAAGGUACUUUACUUUUGAUCUAAAUUUAUCUUUUUUGAAAUACCUCGUAUAAAAUUGAUAAAAUUUGAUAUAAGAUGGUUGUGUUUUAAGUUUUAGACCAUCUAGAACUUUUUAUUAAGAAUUACUUUUUUUCGUAAAAUUAAUAAUAAAAGAGUUAUCAGAAUUGAAAUAACUGAAAAAAUAAUUAUUAGAAGAAUUUUUUUGCUUAGCAACAACAUUUUUGUUUAUUUAGUAAUAUUUUGUAUUUUGACAACGGCACCCGAUUUGGGCGUCGAAACGUUAAUAAAAUUAUUUUUUUCAUUUUAAUUGUGGCUUAUUUCCCAUAUAAAUAAUUAAUCAUAAAAAUGCCACAAGGAAAUAGCUUCAGAACAACAUGAAAAAAUAAUGAUAGUUAUACGUAAUUUUUCAAAAAAAAAAUUUCAAUUAGAAGGAUGUAAUUGCAUAUUAGAAUAUAGUUUUUAAUUCCAAACAACUUUUCACAAUAGCAAUUUCCAAUAUUAUGAAAAAUAAAGCUACUUUACUCUUGAGUGAAGUUAAAACUUUUUGAUAUACCUCGUAUAAUAUUUAAAAAAUUUGAUAUUUGAUGGUUAAAUUUUAGGUUUUGGACAAUGCAGAGCUUUUUAUAAAGAAUAACUGUUUUUCGUAAAAUUAAUAAUAAAAAAGUUUUCCAUAUGGAUACAACUUACAGGGACAUACUGUAUAUACUAAAAUAUUUCUAAUAAUAAUUUACUUAGAUAUAAUUAAAAUUGCUUCAUACGCCAGUCAAUGAGAGCAAGAACAGGAUAUUACCUCCGAAUUCUAUCCUACUGCAUGGAUUUUAAUGAAAUUUUGGGAAUAGCCUCUACUUAUUUCUUCAUUCAAAGUCUACCCUAUGCCGAUGUGCGCUUUUAUCUAGGGAGUGGUUCCCACCUCUUCUCGAAGGUGGAAAAUUUGUUGAUCAAACCAAUCACGGCAUUGAAUAGAGAACCUAAUUCUAAGCAAAAAGUGUUCUAUAAUUUUUUUUUGAAAACUCAAUACUUUUUGAGUUAUUCGUGGUUGAAAAUUUGCCAUUUUCAUUGAAAAAUGUCACCCUUUUAGACGGUUUUUAAACUAUAAAAUUUUUUGUAGUUUAUAAAAAAUCAAAGAAAUUCAUCUCCUCAUAAAUCUUCUAGUUAUAAUACAAAAAGAGACAUGGUAGGUGAAAAGAUAUUUUUUGUGGUGCAUGCUCAAAUCGAUGUAUUCAACUUAAAAUAAUAGAAAAAUGGUCAAAUUUAAGGUUAUAAUGCUAUCAAUAUCUUUUAUAGUGCUUGACAAGACCUUUCAAACAAACACUGUUAAACGUCGAUUACAUUCAAACUAAGCGAUAUAUAGUGCAACAAAAUUGAUGGCUAAUUUAUUUUAAGAUAAAAUGCGACGUGGUUUUCGAAAAGAA